AUGAAUAACUUUACAGUGAACUUCACCAUACCUGAAACAUCUACAAACUGCACGACUCAGUGCAUUGGACUAAUGGACUGUGUGGAAAUUGGUGUAUACAGCAUCAGUUUUCUGUUUGGUUUUCCUACACACGCCUAUGUUAUAUGGCUCAUUGUAAAAGAAUCAGGAGUUACAACCGAGUUCUUCAACCUCAAUCUUUCUGUUUGUGAGAUUAUUAAUCGUCUGAAUAGUUUGGUCUCUAUACUAUCAAUUUGCUUUGCAAAUCUUACAAUAAUACCAUUGGUUUUACAAGGGCUAGUCUUCACGGGUUGUUCGCUGUUUCAGAGUCUGAUCUGUGUUGAGCGUUACCUGGCAGUGGUUCAUCCUAUAACCUUUCUGAAGUUCAAACCUCUCAGAUAUAGAGUGAUCUGCAGCGUUGUGUGCUGGAUAAUCACUCUUGGCUCCUGUUUGUGCUGCAUGUUGAUUGUGUUAUCGCUAAAAAUUCAUGCAUAUACAUGGUUCUUCUCGCAACAGUUCCUUCUCUUCUUCUCCAUCCAGUUGUUUUGUCUCGUGGCUGUUCUAAGAGCUCUGAAGCAGUCAGGACCAGGGAAGAGAUUGAGAGAGAGAAACGAAGAAAACCACAUGAAGAGAAGAGCUUUUUAUAUCAUUCUAAUAACUACUGGAAGCAUGACUAUUAUGCACGUCCCAUUUACUAUCACAGGAUUUCUGACCUUUCUGACACGACAGAACAUUCAUGUGCUUUGGAACAUAGGUUUAACUUUUUAUGUACUGGCUGGUUUUGUUCAGCCUGUCCUUUAUCUGCACCGAACUGGAAAAUUCUCCUACCUCUGUUAUUCAUAA